UAGGAUUUUUGGAGCCAACUCCAAUGAUGUGCACCUUGAGCUGGGGUUUUAUAGCCCUUUUUCUAAUGAUAUUAUGCAGAUUAACAAAAGUUUCCCCAGCUGAAGGAAAAGGUGAAAUUCUUCCUCCAACUAUACAGAAGAUAAUGAAAGGAUAUAACAAGUAUCUACGGCCAUUUUUUGACAAUGGCCCUGUCACAAUAGGAAUGAGCAUGGAUAUAGCAAGCAUCGACACAAUAUCAGAAAUAAACAUGGAUUAUACAGCUACUAUAUUCCUAAGACAGCGAUGGACUGAUGAACGCCUUUGUUUUGAGGGCAAUAAGAGCUUAAGUUUAGAUGGCCGCCUCGUAGAAAUGCUUUGGGUACCAGACACCUUUAUAGUGGACUCAAAAAAGUCUUUUCUUCAUGAUAUCACUGUUGAAAACCGUCUAAUCAGAAUAUAUCCCAAUGGAACUGUCCUUUAUGCUAUACGGAUAACGACAACAGUUGCCUGUAGUAUGGAUUUGACUAAAUACCCUAUGGACAAACAGACAUGCACCUUGCAACUGGAAAGCUGGGGUUAUAACAUUAAUGAUGUCAUGUUUUACUGGACAAGAGGAAAUGACUCUGUGAGAGGUUUGGAUACUCUUCGACUGGCACAAUAUACAGUGGAGGACUACUACACCUCGGUAUCUGAAGCUGUUUAUGAAACAGGACACUAUCCAAAGCUAGUCUUCCAUUUUGAACUCAAGAGAAACAUUCUGUAUUUUAUCCUUGAGACAUAUGUACCAUCCAGCUUACUGGUUGUUCUGUCCUGGGUGUCUUUCUGGAUAAGCCAAUCGUCAGUGCCAGCCAGGAUCUGCAUAGGUGUUACAACAGUGCUCACCAUGACAACACUUAUGAUGGGAGCCAGGACAUCACUUCCUAAUGCUAAUUGCUUCAUUAAGGCAAUUGAUGUCUACCUGGGAAUUUGCUUUAGUUUCAUCUUUGGUGCAUUACUGGAAUAUGCUGUGGCUCAUUUCUGCACCCUUAAUAGAGCUGGUAUGAAAAAACUCACAAAGGAGGAAGAUGAAGAAGCUGAAGAAGAGAUCAAUGGAGUUCUGUCAGCAAUUGCUAAUAGUUGCAAGGCUGAAAAGAUGAACAGCGCUGACUCAGACACGCUCGCCAAAACUUCCAGCAGUAGAAAAGAAGAGAAAAGUAGACACAGCAGGUGUCACUCACCAAUGACUGUGAUGAAAAGACUCUUCUGUAUAUUUGACUGCUUCCAUGUUAAAAACCCAUAUCACAUAGACAAUUACGCCCGACUUUCUUUCCCCUUAUCAUUUAUCAUAGUAAAUGUUUUUUACUGGGUGUAUUAUUUGUAUUUUUAAGCAUUUAAAACUUCUCAUCAUGUAUAUAACAUGGGGACAGGGGGUACCACUUGUGUCACAGAAAAGCACUGCACUGCAUUUGGAUAUCAAAAGAAGAUUGCCAUUUUAUUAAAUAGUAUUUCUGUUAUUUAUGAGUAAAUUACAUCUGUUAGACUACUGUUGUGCAAAAUCUAUUCAUGGCUUUUUUAAAUGACUUCAUUUUUAGCAUGCCUAUUACUAUUGUUUGUAAUAUUGACUGAAUGGCAGAACACUUUUUCUUGUAAAACUUUGGUAAAUGAGGCUUACAUAAUAUUAGUUUGGCCUGUGUUUAAUAUGUUUAAAAAUGAAACUAGGAAAGUUUUAUUCUCCAUUGCCCCCUUCCACUCCCCAGUAAAAUACCGUAUUCCCUUUGGCAUUGUCAAUAAUGCAUAGGCCUUCAAGAAUA